AAGUGAGCAUUCUUCUGAGCACCUCCAACUCCUCCAAAGCUCAACUUGAAGCAAACAGCCGACAACCAUCUUCCGUCUCUGUGACAAAUCUAUCCUCGAACAUGUCUGAGGAACGACGGCGCGUAUACCUCUCACCGUCUCCACCGCCCCGAGAUCGAGGCGGGCGAGGGCGAUACAACGGCAGAGCCAGCAGAACCGACGAAUACCCACAUCCACGAGACAGAGACGACCGACGCUACCGCCCAUAUCCCGCACGUGGUCCACCGCCGGGCCCGUCGUACAGAGGUGAAGAGGACCCGAGAAUAGCUUCGACGGGGCCGAGAUCACACUACCGUCGCUCGCGGUCACCACCGCCGCAUCGAGCCGAGGAACGACCGGGAUACCCUUAUGAGAGAGAAAGAAGGCCGCCGGAGCGGGGAGAGCCGUGGACGGAGCGGAGGGAGCGGUCUGAGGUUCCGAUACGGAGGGUUGCUCUGCCACACCACUCCUAUUCUGAGCUGCGACCUUCUGCGGCACACCGCGAACCAUCGUCGUAUAGGGGCGUACCCCCACCGGAAACGCCAACGCAGCCUCCGCUGAGAGAACAUCGUCCAGCACCACAAUACCCACCCCACACGCCUCUACCGCGCGAAGCCGCUGCAUACCCGCAUCCUUCAGCCCCGCGGGAAACUCCUGUCCGGGCAGAAUACACACCUCAUCGAGAUCCAUAUCCACCCCGUGGUGUCGAGACGCCUUAUUCAGCUACCCGACCGCCGCCAGCAGCGGAACUAUAUCCAUACCCACGGCGAGCAUCGCCCCCACAUCCAACACAACUUCAUCAGCCUUAUCCGCAUCACAGACAUCCGCAGCCUUCUCCACAAUCGCAUCCGCAGUUCGGAAGGUCACCGUAUGAGCGCUAUGCAUCGGGCCACCCAGGCCACCCCGGCGCACAUGGUCGACCAUACCCACCCAAACAUCCAGAAAAUCGGCCGCCGCGGAAGAUCAUUGAUCCGAAUCGCCUGCAGGAGCCGCUCAGGAUAGCGUGGUACUCCCAAUUGGAUAGAGAUGUUGAAAAACGUUCAGAAGAACUGAAGAGACUACGCACGGAAGCCGAAAAGCUGCGAACAGAUUCCCGCCGCGUCGAUUUCGAACUCACGAUGGCGAACUGGGAGGUGUACAAGUGGGAAAAUCAACAUCAGAUGUUGAACAAACAGUUGGAGGAGCAUGAGGCGAGCUUGGCGUUGUUGCGGCAGACUGCUGGGCCGGAGAUACCCCCGCCUAUUAGCGGAUUUUGAAUGGAUGAGUUGCCCUUCUCACUUUCUUGUACGAUAUACGCCAUGAUAGUCAUACAAUAAACGAUGAAACAAU